GUUCACCACAUUUUUACCUUUCCAAUUCAUCAUCAAGGCUCUCUUGACACGCUCACAUUCGAGUCAGCACCUUCAUCUCAAUCGAAAAUGGCAACUGUUAACAAUGAUCUUCUAAGCCUUUCUGAGGCGGUGGUCGCUUUGAAUGCGGACAAUCCCUCGACAGCCUUGCCAACUCUGUACCAAAAGCCAACCAAUAUGGUCCCUGAAGGUACCGACUCCGGUUACGCCUCACAAAUCUCUACGCCGGAAAGCAAACACUCGUUCUUUCGCAAACAACUCCGAGCCUACAAAAAGCCAAUUCCCAGAUUAACCAAGGAAAGGUUCUCAGAUUUGCGUGAGCAAUAUGCAGAAAGCCUCAACAACUUUACACGAAGCUUGCCCAGUUGCUCCUCGGUUUUGAUGACCUUACAAGUAUUGGGCGAAGACGAAGAAUCCGCACAGCCUUGGGUCUUUGUUCAAUGCGAUAAAGCUGUGUUCAAAAAAGUCAACAGCUUUUUUAAACAGCCCGUGAUUAAGAUGGAUUUCGAACCAAGUCAGCCUGACGAUCGCUCUCCUCGGUUACGAGUCCUUGUAUGUCCGCUGAAACCCAGAUAUCUCGCAAAGAAUCAUGAGUCCUCGUCGGAGCUUGACUUUUACGACAACGAACCAAUCCUUAUUUUUAGCGAGUCUCCCAUACGUGAAACUUUGUGCGGCACGCAGAUAACGACUGCAAACUUAACGACUGCAAACUCUUCCCAAGCUACGAUAGGCGGUAUCAUCAAAGUCAUCUAUAUGGAGAUGCGAGAAAAGUUCUUUGGAAUGAGUGCAGGCCACUUCGUUCUUAGGGACUAUGAGGAAGAACCGAGUCAGGACUCCGAUGAUGAAUCUUAUGAAGAAGUCUUUGGAUUCGACCUUGGCUGUGUUGACGCCAACAUUGAGGAGGAGCAUCAAGAUAUUCAUUAUACUUCAGGUAGACUGUUGGGCAGCACCUCACUAGCAGAUGUAUCAAAUCCUUCUGUCAAUGGCGGAAAAAAUCUUGAUUGGUCAUUAAUCAGCAUUGAAAAUCAGAUUCACACCUUUCUGCCAAAUGUUUACCUGGAUAAAUCUAUAUUUGAGACUACGCACCACGCUUCAGAAUUUGCGGAAACAGAUGUCAUAAUCCUGUUGGCUGGGGAGCAAAUCCGAGGAACAAUGUCUAGCUCGCCAUCUUAUUUGAUGGUGCCACCUGGCAAUGUACUUGUCCAGACAUAUCUCUUGUCGUGCACUGAUGGGACAGUCCUUCGACCUGGUACUAGCGGAGCUUGGGUGGUUGAUGCGAAUAGCAGCAGGCUUUAUGGGCACGUCGUUGCUUCAGAUAUAUUCAACCGCGUUUACGUCAUUCCAAUUAGCGACUCUUUCAAGAACAUCGAAAGUCAUCUUUCUGCUCUCGCGGUAACCGCUUUCAUUACCCGGAGAGAUCUCGCUGAGAAUUCAUGUCCAGACUCCGGGUAUUCUUCCAUGUUUACCACGCCGAAUAUUUCGCCAAACCCACAGUAUCAUAUCUAUGGAAAUCACCCUGAAAGCAUUGAUUCCCGUGACUAUCAAUACUCAAUACCAAUAUCUCCACCACGAGCGUCAGAGCGAGAACCUAGACAAUUACGGAGGGUUCAAAGUGAGUAACCAUAGAUUAGAAACGGAAAUCCGAAAUCCGGGGUAUUGGAGUAGAUGACUCGCCCAUUGGAGACAAAGAGUACACCGCAUGAAAGUCGUUGGAACAAAUCCGGCAAAAGACUCCUUUCAAUUUCGACUCAAGUUGACGAAAAACCACUCCAUUGUAGUAUAUAAUUCGUGUAGUAUUGUCAUUAAUGAAUUGCCUUUAGGAGGAUUGGCGAGUUCAACUAAGACACUGAAAAGAUCGUAAGUUCCAAGAUGGAGGAGGUAUCAAAAUUUUCUCCUCGCUUGAGUGCA